UGCCUGCGAGUUUGCUGCGAGCGUUCGUCGUCUUGAUCGUCUUCGGCAUUUGCAGUGCAUAACCUCGGUCGCAGCACAGCUCUUGCACAGACUGUCACCAACCAUCGCCACGGAGGCUCAGCACCUGCCUUUUGUCCCUUCGCCUUGCCUCUGCACUUCUUGCACGAUAACGCGUACAUCCAUAACGACCGCCUCAAUACCACCGCUCCUCGGCUAGCGUACCACCAGCACCGAACGACGCGUUCACGACCUUGGAAGGAUGGAUUUUCUGGAGAAAGUGAAGGAUGGGCUGGCAAAGGUGGUGCCGUCGAAGGGUCCCAAGUCGUCUGGAUUAUCCGGCGGAAUAAGCAGUGGGCAUGGGAUGAUGGCAGUCGAAGACAACAUGAUCGUCUCCAAACCCACCAUUGUGUUCCAUGCCUCUCAAAUCUUCUUCAACUUCCUCGCCAUGGCUUGCUUCGCCAGUGUUGCUGCAUUUCAAGCGAAGUGGAAAGUUGGGCCAUCUGGUCUCAGCGGGUUCGCGUUGUUCGUCUCCAUCGCCGGCAUCUUUCUGUCCCUCUUCAUGCUCCUUGUCCCUGUAAUAUACGAGAAGUACGACAAGAUGACCAGACUCGCGCGCGCCCUGAAGGAGGCUCGCGUUGGCUUCAUCCUCACUGGCGUUGGCAACGCGUUCAGUCUGUUGAUCGCGUUCAUCGUUACGAUAUCGGCCUGGACGGAAGCGGGUUGCAAGAAUGCCGACAACGACCCCAACGCCGACAAGGGAGAUGAUUUCAAAGACGGCCUUCCUGGGUGGUGCAACACAAAGAAGGCAGCUGCCAUCUUCUUUUGGCUAGCCUUCGCGUCAUGGCUUGCAUCCUUAAUCCUAUUGAUACUUUACUGGCGCUCAGGCAAGCUACAUACCGGGCCGCGAGAUCCUCCCUUCCAGCGACCCGAUGUCGACGAGGAAGACGAGUUCGACGGACAGCCCGAUCGCGACGAAGAGAGCUCCUACCAUCAGAUCCCGCCUGUGCGCACGUCUAUGGCGACUGCUCCCACUCGUUACGACAAUUCGAGUUCGCCCACUUCGCCGUUCUCCGACAACAAUCGCUACCAGCCAGCUGCCAGCUUCGCCCCGGCCCCCGCGGCGGCGCGCCCUAGCAUGGAUGCAUAUGGCGCGUUCAGCGACCCUGCCCCCACGGGCUUCGGUGCGUCGCCGGCUGGCACGCCAGGAUAUAGCCCAAGUGGUCCACCUGUGCUACCGGAGCCUGACGUCGGCCCGCGGGUCAGUCGUACGAUGCAGUAUGCUGAUCCCUACGCGGCCGUACGCGCGAGCCUAGUAGGUGGGCAACAGAACACACCACCAAGUUACGAAAGCUAUACGGGCUAUCGCUAGUGCGCUGAAUUCAUGGCGCAAGCGAGCUCGACGACUUCUGUACAAUCUACGGUUAGGUCAGGACAUUGUUGCAUUACCUACGUACUUAUCGACGCUUAUGAUAUUCGCCAUGCAGUGGCCCUACCGGUUUACUGGACGCGUGUAACUUACCUUCUUAUACGGAUGAGCAUAAUUUAUUAACGUCAUGACAUCGACAUUGCCUUCGUCUACCUGUGAAGGAUGCCAUUGGUG